UGAGUCGCGUAGAAAGAGCAAUGAAGUACAGUCCUCAUAUGAAUUUUUGUAUAGAUAAAGGAGGAAAAGGAUUACCAAAUCUAAUCCUUUCAAGAUAUCCAAAAAUAAAAUAUAUGUAUAAUGAACCAGACAUUUGUUCCGUAAGAUCUCAGCUUCAAAUUACUGAAGAACAAAUCAAUCCAUUUACAAGCAGACCAACUCGACGACAGCAAAAUAUAUUACCUCCAGGUGUUAGAACUUCUACAGUGAAACCUACAAGAGAAUAUCCUCUUCCUAGAGCAACGGCAUCGACUAUUAAGCCAACUAGGAGACUCGCCACUUCGACUGUCGAUCCUUCGAAAGUUCGACAUGUUGUUCCUAUUCAUUUAAUAGAACAAGCAAUUAAAGACGCCAGUUAAAGUUUUGUGUUAAUUUUAAUCGCAAUUUAAACUAAAUUUGUGCA